GAAACGACAUUCAGUAGACACAAUAAAUAAGGACAGCGCAAAGAAAAUGAAGAAGGUCCACAUUACACGUAGUAAAGGCGAAAGAUCACCAACUUUGCUUCAAACGACAACACUUGAAGAGAUUAUAGAACAUGAAGCAGCAGCAGAAAAUCAACAAACUCAGCUCGAAACCAACGAUUUCUGUGAGGAAAAUUCUACGGCUAUGGACAUAGAAGAUGCAGAAACAAGCAUCAAAGGGAAAAUCGAAAAUAAGACACAUCUUCAAGAAACAAAAUCAUGGUCAGGUCUCUUUACAAAAUUAACCAAGGGAAGAGCGACUUACUCCACCUUUUCCACCAGAGCCAAUAUAAGCACAAAGAUCAGGAAUGCACUCUUGUUUGAUAUACAGAAACUUAACCAAAUCUCCACUAAUGACAUAGUGGCUACACUUUACGGCAAAAUGGGAGGAGACUUUAUAGGGGCCAAACCACAUUUUGUCAAAGGAACCCGUAUGUACUUAGAAAUUAUAUUCACGGAUGAACAGAGAAUGAAAGAUUAUUCAAAAAAGGGGAUGGACAUGUUUCAACAAACCUUCUAUGGUUAUAUCUCGUCUAGGACUAAUCAAGAUUUACUAUCAGUAAGGCUGAGAAGGGUUCCAAUCAUGGACAAAGAAAUAAUUUCAGAAAAAAUAAGAUGGGUUUUUGAUAGCGUGGGCACCAUCAUGGCAAUUAAGCCUCUGCUAUAUAAGGGAACCCCAAUACAAUCAGACCAAUGGGUCAUAAUUUUUGAUGUAACAGAAGAUACAAAUUUAACUGAACGAAUUCCAAGAUAUGUUAACAUAAUGGACCAGAAAGUGGUCACGGAAUGGAAGGAGGCUCCGAAACUCUGCUUUUUCUGCGAUGGAGAGGGCCAUAUGAAACGAGACUGUGAUCAACUAAAAGAAGCCAACAAACUAAACCAACACUACAAAGAGUUCAAAGCACUCAAGAAUAAGCAGACCAGAAGGGAUGAAGUGUUAGAACCCGAUCGAGAAACUGUAGAAGAGAGAACGGGAAAUUCUUAUGUCAACAAAAGCCAGAAUAAUGAAUCACAGGAGGUCGCUGUAACUGAACAGGAUGUUCAUAUAGCGGUGGCAGAAGCCACACUGGAAACAGUGACAACACAAUCAAAUAUACACAAUGAAGAGAUAGUCACACCAGACAAUCUGGAACCCUCUACAGCAGCAUCUAUGGCUGCAAACAAAGGGAAUAUAGCCCUAGCAGGACCAAUCAGGAAUGAGGAGAGAAAUAAUAAGAAUAACAACAAUAUGUUACUUGAGCCGCAAUCCCUACUCAACGAUGAAACUGCAAACAUAACACAACCAGAGAUGGAUGAUGGUUUCACUGAA